AUGUCUGGACGCGGCAAAGGCGGAAAAGGUCUUGGGAAGGGAGGCGCUAAGCGCCACCGAAAAGUGCUCCGGGAUAACAUCCAGGGUAUCACCAAGCCCGCCAUCCGCCGCCUGGCCCGGCGUGGCGGCGUCAAGCGCAUCUCCGGCCUCAUCUACGAGGAGACUCGCGGGGUUCUGAAGGUGUUCCUGGAGAACGUGAUCCGGGACGCCGUCACCUACACUGAGCACGCCAAGCGCAAGACCGUCACCGCCAUGGACGUGGUCUAUGCGCUCAAGCGCCAGGGUCGUACCCUCUACGGCUUCGGAGGUGGCAUUACUGCAUUGUCUUCACUUUUCACUUGCAUCAAUCAGGCCCUUAUCAUGGCUCGCACCAAGCAGACCGCCCGCAAGUCCACUGGCGGCAAGGCCCCGCGCAAACAGCUGGCCACGAAGGCAGCCCGCAAGAGCGCGCCCGCCACUGGCGGCGUCAAGAAGCCCCACCGCUACAGGCCCGGCACCGUUGCGCUGCGCGAGAUCCGGCGCUACCAGAAGUCCACCGAGCUGCUGAUCCGCAAGCUGCCCUUCCAGCGCCUUGUGCGCGAGAUCGCCCAGGACUUCAAGACCGACCUGCGCUUCCAGAGCUCGGCCGUCAUGGCGCUGCAGGAGGCGUGCGAGGCCUACCUGGUGGGGCUCUUUGAGGACACUAACCUCUACAUAGUUAACACAAUGUCUGGUCGUGGCAAAGGCGGGAAAGGUCUCGGAAAAGGGGGCGCCAAGCGCCACCGUAAAGUGCUCCGAGAUAACAUCCAGGGCAUCACCAAGCCCGCCAUCCGCCGCCUGGCCCGGCGCGGCGGCGUCAAGCGCAUCUCCGGCCUCAUCUACGAGGAGACCCGCGGGGUGCUGAAGGUGUUCCUGGAGAACGUGAUCCGGGACGCCGUCACCUACACCGAGCACGCCAAGCGCAAGACCGUCACCGCCAUGGAUGUGGUCUACGCGCUCAAGCGCCAGGGACGCACCCUCUAUGGCUUCGGCGGCUGAUUGCUAUUUUAUCCUUCACAACAAAAUGCCCUUUU